AUGCCUACCUUCAAAGUCUUCAAGGGUUCCGAGGAUGGCUAUCCCAAGGAAAGCACUGCCACCAAGCUCGAUGAGCCCGUUGGCGACAAUGUUCUGAAAAAAUGCUGUGGCCACUGUCUUCUUUGUCUUCAAGGAGAAGAAGUGUUCUGCCGCGAACGAAGCAUCUAUGGCUUCCAGAACGUUGACGAAGGUAGUUUUGCGAGUCAAUCCGUGUGGAACGAGGCGUUCCUCCACGUCGUCCCUGACUCCAUCUCUGAUGAGGACGCAGCACCUCUUCAAUGUGGUGGAGCUACUGCGUUUACGGCUCUCGGGGGAGCCAAGCCUACGGCCACUGUAGCUAUCAUGGGUGUCGGGGGACUCGGUCACCUUUGCAUCCAAUUUACCAACAAGCUUGGAUACCGCGUUGUUGUCCUUUCCGGAAUCAACAGCAAGCGAGAGGAAGCCCUCCAGCUUGGCGCCCAUAAGUUCAUCUCCAUGGCUAACUACAAGCCCGAGGACUUUGAAGAUGAGUGGAGAAUCAAUCGUCUGCUCAUUGCAACAUCCAUGGGAGAUCCUGUUACCAUUGUUGGCGCUGUUGUAUACGCUCUCUCUGUUUCGUUCGCCAAUUUAGAGAUGCCUUAUAUGCCAUUCAUUCUUGACGGAAUCUCGGUGAAGGGACCUCUUGUCGCCACCAGGACUGUUCACCGUGAGAUGCUCGCAUUUGCCGCAUUCCACGAAAUCAAGCCCGUGGUAGAGACGUUUCCACUGACCGUGGAGGACAUGAGAGAAGCAAUGGACAAGCUAGAUAGCGGCAAGGUUCAUUUCAAGGCCGUUCUAAUCGUCAAAUAA